AUGUCAUUGCUAAUCCCAACUGUAACUGACUACGAAGACGCUCAUGGACAGGAAUCAGAGGAAGUAACUUAUCAAGAAAAGCUCACCCAAUUGUCAGAUAAGAAAGAUUCCAACGGUAACCUUGUCUAUCCGUGGACUUUUGAAACGAUAAAUGGAUUCUUCAAACAAUCUGAUCCAAGCACAGAUGAUUUGAAGUUUAACUAUGCAACCGAAGAUUUUGGAAGAACCAAAUCAUGGCCCGAAAUUAUAGAAGAAUUAGAGAGAUUGAAUAAAGAAGCUGGGGAAAAUGAAUGCUACAAGCUCAUGUUUUUCGCUAGACACGGUCAAGGCUUCCACAACGUAUGCGUGAAUAAAUAUGGAUUAGACGAAUGGCACAGGAAAUGGCAUGCAUUGUCCACUGAUGGUGAAAUUGUGUGGGCCCCAGAUCCAAUGUUGACCGACUUAGGUGUCGACCAAGCCAAAGAGAACAACCAGGCAUGGAAGGCCCAGAUCGCACAAGGGGCACCCAUUCCAGCUAAGUUUUACGUCUCGCCGCUCCAGAGAUCAAGUUACACCCUUGUAUACACCUGGGGCGACAUCAAACCCGAAGAAAAACGUCCCUUGGUAACCGAUUCUAUCCGUGAAACCAUAGGUAUCAAUUUGUGUGACAAGAGAUCAACCAAGUCCGUAAUUCGUGAAAGGUUCGAUAAGCAUGGCUUUAUCAUAGAUGAUCUGCUUACAGAAGAAGACGAAUUGAACGAACGUGAUACGAGAGAACAAUUGCACGAGCAAGCCAUUCGUGUCAACGGUUUCUUGCAGGGCCUUUUUAACGAAGACUGGGACCUGAAAGCCUCGGCAUUAGAUGAGAAAAAGAAAUUACAAAAUUCUGUCAUCUCUACUACUUCACAUGCCGGUACUAUUAGAUCUUUCAUCAUGGUCUUGGGCCAUAGACAUUUUACUAUUUCCACUGGUGGAAUGAUUCCAAUCUUGGUCAAAGGGACAAGAAAACUGGACUAG